AUGUCUUCACUUUGUUCUGGCUUGGGAUUCUUGGACAUUGGCCUGUGCUUGGUUUUUCUAUCGGGCCCAUCCUACUAUGCUCUUCUUGGAUGGACAACCAGCAGCCAUAAGAUCAGGUGGCAGCUUAGAUUCCGGCUGUUGUGCGCGGGUAUAUGGAAUGGUCCAUUCCAGCAGCCAAUACACUCCCCACCAGCCAUUUUGCUUCCUCGCUCAAUCACACUUCAAGUGUCAUUGCUCCUCCAGCCUUUAUUGCAUUUGUUUCGGUCAGCUUUGGAUGGUGGCAAAUUUAUUUGUUGUGCUCCUGGGCUGCUCCGUCAAUGUUGA